UGAGAGGAAUUUUGAUAAUUGAAUAUAACUCACUGGCCAGUAUCCCCCUUCGACCUCCUUCUGCUGCUUUGCCGCCGGAACCAAGCUCUAACCACCACAUCAAGUAGCCUGCACCACCGCGGGCCACAGCACUCCGACGAGCCUAACCGAACGAAUCAGGCAAUUUUCGGCCAUCCAAAGCAUUCAAAAGCGAGGUAGAAACUCAAAAACAUUUUUUAGUAUAAAGUUUUGCUGGAAAUUUGAGAAUUAAGAAGAGUAUUAUGCUUGGGGUUAGUGUUUUGGGGUAGAUUACAAGUCUAGCUCUCAAUUCUGAGAACUUAGAAUCAAAAUCUGCUUCUCGCCAAGACCCCAUGUCUAUCGAGAGGGAUCUCUACCCCUCACAGGACGACCUCCUCUACGAAGAGGAGGUACUCCGCAACCCGUUUAGCCUCAAGCUCUGGUGGCGCUACCUAAUCGCACGCUCCGAAGCCCCUUUCCGGAAGCGAUUUGUCCUCUACGAGAGAGCCGUCAAGGCCCUCCCUGGAAGCUACAAGCUGUGGCACGCCUAUCUCCGCGAGCGCCUCGAGCUCGUACGCAACCUCCCCAUCUCCCACUCCCAGUAUGAAACCCUAAACAACACCUUCGAGCGAGCCCUUGUCACCAUGCACAAGAUGCCCCGCAUUUGGUUCAUGUACCUCCAAACCCUAACCCACCAGAAGCUCGUCACCCGGACUCGCCGCACCUUCGACCGGGCCCUCUGCGCGUUACCGGUGACCCAGCACGAUCGGAUUUGGGAACCCUACCUCCUGUUCGUCAGCCAAAAGGGUGUCCCGAUCGAGACCUCGCUUAGGGUUUAUCGCAGGUACUUGAAAUACGACCCUACUCAUAUAGAAGAUUUCAUUGAAUUUUUGCUUAAUUCGAGUCUUUGGCAAGAGGCUUCAGAGCGAUUAGCUUCGGUGUUGAAUGAUGAUUCUUUUUUUUCGAUAAAGGGGAAGACUAAACAUAGGUUGUGGUUGGAGUUGUGUGAUUUGCUCACUAGGCAUGCCACCGAGGUCUCUGGUUUGAAUGUGGAUGCGAUAAUUAGAGGUGGGAUUAGGAAGUUCACGGACGAGGUUGGGCGGCUGUGGACCUCCCUUGCCGAGUAUUAUAUUAGGAGGAAUUUGCAUGAAAAGGCAAGGGAUAUAUUCGAGGAGGGUAUCAUGACUGUGGUCACUGUGAGGGACUUUAGUGUGAUUUUUGAUUCAUAUUCGCAGUUUGAGGAGAGCAUGCUUGCUCACAAGAUGGAGAACGUGAGCUCGAGUGACGAGGAGGAUGAAGGAGAGGAAGAAAAUGGUGUUGAAGAUGAUGAAGAUGUUCGGUUGGAUAUUGAUUUAUCGGUGGCCAAGCUUGAGAAGAAGAUGCUUAACGGGUUUUGGUUACACGACGAUAAGGAUAUAGAUUUGAGGAUUGCUCGAUUAGAGUAUCUCAUUAAUAGAAGGCCCGAAUUGGCUAACAGUGUUCUGUUACGACAAAAUCCUCAUAAUGUGGAGCAGUGGCAUAGAAGGGUGAAGUUGUUUGAGGGUAACCCCACAAAGCAGAUCUUGACUUACACUGAGGCGGUGAGGACGGUUGAUCCUAUGAAAGCCGUGGGGAAGCCUCACACAUUGUGGAUUAAUUUUUCCAAGCUGUAUGAGAGCCACAAGGAUAUUGCCAAUGCCAGAGUUAUAUUUGAUAAGGCUGUGCAAGUGAACUACAAGACUGUUGAUCAUCUGGCUACUUUGUAUUGUGAGUGGGCUGAAAUGGAACUGAGGCAUAAGAAUUUCAAAGGAGCACUGGAUUUGAUGAGGCGGGCCACAGCAGAGCCAUCAGUGGAGGUCAAACGAAGAGUGGCUGCUGAUGGGAAUGAACCAGUUCAGAUGAAGCUCUAUAAGUCCUUGAGACUUUGGACCUUCUAUGUUGAUUUAGAAGAGAGCCUGGGUAACUUGGAAUCCACUCGAGCAGUUUAUGAGCGGAUAUUGGAUCUAAGAAUAGCCACACCGCAAAUUAUUCUCAAUUAUGCAUUUCUGCUGGAAGAACAUAGAUACUUCGAAGAUGCAUUCAAAGUAUAUGAAAGAGGUGUCAAGAUUUUUAAGUAUCCACAUGUCAAAGACGUAUGGGUUACAUACCUCUCAAAAUUUGUAAAGAGAUAUGGAAAGACAAAACUAGAGCGGGCAAGAGAGCUGUUUGAGCAUGCUGUUGAAACGGCGCCUGCUGAUGCAGUAAAACCAUUGUAUCUUCAAUAUGCAAAGCUGGAGGAGGAUUAUGGUCUGGCAAAGCGAGCUAUGAUGGUCUAUGAUAAAGCAACUAAGGCUGUUCCAAACAACGAGAAAUUGAGCAUGUAUGAAAUUUACAUUGCUCGAGCGGCAGAGAUUUUUGGUGUCCCGAAAACAAGGGAAAUAUAUGAGCAAGCGAUAGAGUCUGGUCUUCCAGACAAAGAUGUCAAGACCAUGUGCUUGAAAUAUGCCGAGCUUGAGAAGAGCUUGGGAGAAAUUGAUCGUGCUCGUGGAGUAUAUGUAUUUGCAUCUCAAUUUGCAGAUCCACGAUCUGACGGGGACUUCUGGAAUAAAUGGCACGAGUUUGAGGUGCAGCAUGGAAAUGAAGAUACCUUCCGAGAAAUGCUUCGUAUUAAAAGAAGUGUUUCUGCAAGCUAUAGUCAGACACAUUUCAUCCUGCCUGAAUAUCUGAUGCAAAAGGAUCAGAGAUUGGACCUUGAUGAUGCAAGAGACAAAUUGAAACAAGCUGGGGUUGCUGAAGAUGAAAUGGCUGCUCUCGAAAGGCAGUUAGCUCCCACAGCCACCACUGCUAAAGAUAGCAGCAGAAAAGUGGGCUUUGUGAGUGCCGGUAUUGAAUCACAGACUGAUGGAGGUACAAAAGCAACCGCAAAUCAUGAAGAAAUUGAGCUACCAGAAGAAAGCGAUUCGGAUGAGGACGAGAAAGUUGAAAUCGCACAAAAAGAUGUUCCAGAUGCGGUUUUCGGAGGUUUGGUUCGUAAGAGAGAUGAUGAGGCUGAAAAAGAUGGGGAAGAGCACAAUGCUGCAGCUACUAAAGAUAGGGAUGGUGAGAGCCGCCUAGGCGCCCUGGAGAGAAUAAAGAGGCAAAAGAAAGGAGCCUGAUAUUGGGAGUUGGCUGGGUGCAGCAGUUACAGCAUGAAGGAAUCAGCCUUGUAUUUGACAUUUGUAGCUACUAACUACCAAUUUCACACUUUACCCGUCCUUUUAAUCGUGGAUGAGAUCUUUUUCCUGAGAAACGUAUGUUAGUAAAUUAUGUAUACCUUCCCAAGUUUUUUGCCAGUUGAGAUUAACAUGCUUUUGAAAGAAGAUUAAAAGACUA